CCGGAAGUUACCCGAGAAAUAAAUGAUGUAACACGCGGAAAGAUCCGGAUUGUCCGAAGGUCGAGAAAUAUCUGCGUGCUAGUGUGACUUAGAGACAUAAGGACUUACCUCUGUUGUCGACACCCUUCUAACUUGUUAAUAUAUUGUUAAAUAAAAAUGCCGAGAGGAAGCAGAAGCCGAACGUCCAGGAUGUCCCCUCCAGCCAGCCGGGCAUCGCCACCACCUAUGGCCAGGGCUGCACCCCCUACCUCCCAUGCCCCAGUUCCAGUGCAGGCCCCUCCAUCUGCUGUGGGUGCUCCAGCUGCAGCACCCAGGCAGCCAGGUAUGUUUGCUCAAAUGGCAACUACAGCCGCUGGAGUGGCAGUGGGCUCUGCAGUGGGACACACCAUUGGCCACGCCAUGACUGGAGGCUUCAGUGGAGGAAACUCAGAGCCUGCCAGACCUGAAGUCACAUACCAGGAGCCGUACCAGGCCCAGCCCAUGUACCAGCAGGGGGGCUCUCAGCAGCAGCAGGCCUGCUCCUAUGAGCUCAAACAGUUCAUCGAAUGUGCCCAAAACCAGAGCGACCUUAAACUCUGUGAGGGCUUCAGCGAGGUGCUGAAACAAUGCAGGUUUGCUAAUGGUCUGUCAUGAGGCAACGACAAAAGCCUGCCGAGCACACUCGGACUGCACUAAGCAUUCUGGAUACUAAGAGGCUGUGAUUCAAAAGAUUCAAUAAACAUGCUUUAUUUUGACAGUUAUCACCAGACAACAUCAUUGUUUUUAUUUCUUCAGAGCUUGUAAUCAUAGCGUUAUAAAUUGUGUUUAAAUAUUUGGUGAUGCAUGUGUAAUAGCCCUGCAUGGGGAGUAUUUAUGUGAAAGCUGCACAGACACAAACUUUCCUCAGCUCCAUGUGCCCUUUCACAAAGUUUAACAGCCUUAGUCUCCCCCCCCUUUCUGGAAUCUUCUGUUAACUAAAAUCAGUUUCUAGAUCUCCAGUGUUCACAGUUUGUUAGUAACAGAUGUAGGUUUAACAAUAUGUAGGUUUAACAAUAAUAAAGCAACUUGGAUCAUAAA